AUGGCAUCGUCCUUACCUAUAGAGCUUGUCAAGGAGGUUUUUGAGUAUCUCCCAGUGCCAACUAAUGAAUUGUUCGGUGAAGGAGAUGGAGGAGCUGGAAGCUGGAGAAAUCUCAAACAAAUGACCUUCUCCAUUACUUUGCUUAGAGACAAUGGUGAUAUUUAUGAUCAAAUUGAAUCCAAAGAGUAUCAUAAAACAAUUCAAACUGUUCAUUCAUCACCAGAAUCACUCAUAGAUUGUUACCAUCGUCCACCAUUCUUUCCCGAUGGAUGUGAACUAGUAACUCAUCCUCAUGAAUUGAAAAUGCUUGCAGACUUAGACAAGACAGUGGUAAACAAUUUCCGUACACGUUUGGAUCAGGAUAUUUUACACGGAUUGAGUAGUUACCAGGAAUUGAGCCAAGACGUUACAUUCAGCGAAGUUCAAGUGAAUGAUUUGAAUGAAUUGGAGUAUUUAGAUAUUGAUUAUGAGUCAUUGGUUGUUCAAGGACCUUGUGAUAGUAGAUUUUAUGAUUUGCCUUUGAAGAAAUUGAAAUUGGAUUCUACGGAAUGGCGGGGCCCUUUGGUGGGAAGUUUAGCCAAUACCUUAGAACAUCUCAUUAUUCGAGUUGAUGGUAAUGACCAAUAUUUGGAUUUGAGUCUACCUAAGGUUAAGAUGUUAGAGGUUGUAACACACUCAGGUAACCCAUCCUUGGAAUUGAUUCUUCCAUCAAACUUAGAACUGUUGGUCAUUGAUGGAAAUGCUCAAACUGUCAAAGCUGAGUUACCUCAAAGUCUUAAAACCUUACUGGCCGAAAGAGUAGAAAAUUUCGAAAGCAGUUGGAUGACACCUUCACUCCAAUCAUUAAGCUUCAUCCCAAAAACCAACCACAUAGAUCAGUCCCAAUUAAAACAUUUAACUAUUAAGAACAUAGAUCCUGAAAGAUCUUGCGUACUCUCAAAGCUACCCCCAUCAUUGGAGUCUUUGGAAGUAAUUCAUCAGGUAGAUUUGGCAGUAGACUUUACAAAAUAUCCUAACCUUAAGAAUUUUUCAGUGUUGGGUCCAGAUCCAUUAAAAAUGUUCAAAAAUUACCAGGGUCAUGGUAUCAAUACUUUUUCCUUCCAAUAUGCCCAGAAUCAUUACCUGGUUCCCUUCGGUGAUAAUCUUAGCGAUUUCAGUCUUUCAGAGUGUUACCAUGAAGUUAGCAAUGUAAGUUACCCAAAAUCAUUGAAAUAUUUGAAAGUAUCAAGAUGCGUUUCGGAGUUCGUGAAUGGGUUACCUGAAUUAAGAUCAUUGAGCUUGAAGGAUAUUUCACCUACAUCUAUUGUAACUUUACCCAACCUCCAAAUGCUUCAGAUAGUUAAUUGUAACUUGGAUAUGUUCAUCUAUCACCAGAUUAAACAUUUCUUCGUUACCAAUGUCGAAAUCAAUCAGUUCAAAGUACCUGAAGAUGUUCUCACAUUGGAGAUAAUGCAAACCUCACUCCCUCCUGUUCUCGAUUUUACCAACACAAAAUUAUCAAAAGUUUCAUUGGGUGCAAAGUUCCCCGAGUUUUCAGAAGAUGACGAAUUUUUUGACGAUCUUAAGAGUUUCCCUUAUGAACCUAAAAUCUUACUCCCUUCAACAAUAAGAGUAUUUGAAAUCGAUGCGGCUCAUGGUAUUGAGCCAAGAGUUGGUUAUGAUAAUGUUAACAAAAGUAUCCUUAGAAGUAUUUAG